GCAAAACGCGCACUGGUAGAAACAGUGUGCAAUGAAACGAAAGCAAGAAGUGCAGGAAGGGUUUACUUUUGUUAGGAAAGGAAAAGAAACGACAUCGGUGAAACAUGGCAAAUCGGAUACUUCUCAGAAUGAAGAAUCACCUAAAUCCGAAAAAAUGAUUGCACUGCCUGUGUCAGAUACCCCAAUAAUUAAGAAAAACCAGAAACUGAGAAAAUCCAAGGGAAGGAGAAGUAGCCUUGACCAACGAGGAAAGCGUGCCAGUAGCAUUGGAACGGGGUUUGAAGCUCUUCCUCAUGCGGACGUUCCUACUGACGAAUAUUAUCGACACAUUUCAAAAGAUUUAUCUGAACCUCUUCGAAUGAAACAGCUGCUUCUGUGGGCUUCCUAUAAGCGAUUGGAUGAGCAACGGGAAAAAUACAAGGAAACAAAAGAAUCCAGCGAAGCUGCAAUCGCUAGGUCUAUCAUUCAAGAAGUUCUUAAUGAGUUAUUGUCCAACCAAUUUUCUAUUAGUUGGUACCAAAGAUCCCCGAAUGAGAUUAUUCCAAAUAAGCCUCACCCUCAGAAUUUAAAAAAUAUACAGCUUUUGGACGAGUUAACGGCUAAGUUGGCUCAGCUACAAGAUGAAGAAGCUGCUUGGAGGGCGGUUGCUGCAGGAUCAGUAGAAAAUGAAAAGACACUUCACGCAUGUCGAGAUUUAUCCAACCGGCUCAGCUCUUCAACCGACUCAACCAGUAACGAUCAGGAAACAUCCAAAGAAAUGAACAACUAUAAUCAAAGUUAUGUUAAAGAUUUAAAGAUGAGUCUCAACCCUUUGCUUGACUCUUUAUCUCAGCAUAUACAUGCUCUCCAUUCUUUAACUCGCAUUAGCCCAAGUGUUCGCUCAGCAUUCGGCGAAAGGGCAGCUCAUAAUUAUCUUCUUCACAAACAAAAAUUCUCCAAGACAGCAAAUCAUUCUGAUACAAUGAAUCUCCUGCGAAUUUUAUCCAAGAGUGUAUACCAGUCUCAACGAAAUAACGAACCAUAGUUAUGUCUUUCGACCCAUCCCUAUAGAAAAAGUCCUCUCAUUUUUAUUCCAUAGCCUAUUUUCCGCGUUCUACGAUUCCUUGUUAUAGAGUACACAAACAUGAUUUUUGCUGAUUUCUUUACGUCGUAUACUUGUAUAUUAAUGUUUAAUUUAUGUAUAAAUGAGAUAACGUCGACUAUUACUCCCGAUAUAUAUAUACAAUUUUAAAAAAUAAAUGCUCACCC